AUGGGGGGUCGCAAUCGGCGAUGGCCGACGAAGCGCCACCACGACGCCUCUUCGAACCCUCGCCCCCCGCCUCCGUAUUCCGGAUACAGUCACGUGGAUAAUCAAUGCCAAGUCCCAUUAUGGGAAAGGGAAUUUUGCAGUCUUGUUGGUGGCAUUUCGUGGCAGAGGUUCUGCGAGAACAAGCACUUUGCCUAUAUGUACAAGGAGAUAGAGCAGUGGGAUGACUCGGGAGCUUUUGAGAAUUUCCAGAACGCAAAAUCAAGGUUCUGGUCUCAUUACCAUGGCCAACCUUCUGAUAUACCUUACCCCAACCCUGAUCUGUACAUUGAUGAGGUCGACCAUCGUUGCGAGGUCGACCCCGAGUUGGUAGCUGACCUGGACAAGGUGCGGGUACCCUUUGAGGCGGACAACGAGCCCGCCGUAGCUGCCAAUAACAGGUGUGCCCAGAACCAGUCAGGGAACUGGGACAUCUAUCUAGAAAAGCCGACCCCUGAGGUGAACAAGUGGGAGGCGGACAACUCGGCAUCCAACGCAGGUUGGGGAGCGAGUCAGGAGCCUCUGAGCAGCUGGAACAAAAUCAGCACCGGCUGGGGCGAGGCCCUGGCGGAGCCCGGUUGGGGCAGCUCAGGCAACAACCAUUGCCCAGGGAAUAACUGGAGCAGCUCCCAUGGAGUAUCCAGCAACAAUAACACAUACUACCAGGAUCCAGGCGGCACAUAUGGCAGGAAAAGGAACAGUGGAGGCGGGUACUCCCAGCAGAGGAACAGCAAGCAGAGGAACCAGGCUGAGAGCCACCACCAGAGGGGCAGAUGGCAGGAUCACAGGGACAGGGGGAGGCAUGGCGAGCGGUUCCUGUUUGACAAUAGGCCAAAUGGGCAGCGAGCAGAGCGCGGCUUCUGA